CCCGUUUAAUUAUAUUAAAUAGCCUCUCAAGAAAUUACGGGUUUCUGCUGUUUGUGUAAAAUACACUCGUUACAAUAUGUCUUAGUUUUCGCUCUCCGAGUUCAGCGAUGCAAAUGCUCGGCUACCAAAGUAGGAGUCGGCAAGGACACGUCAGUGACGUCAUCUACCCGCGCCAAAGAAGAGUCAAGCCAUUUGAUCAUUUAUUUCAUAUCAUUAACCACUGUUUCGAGAGCGCAACAUCAUGCAGAGGUGAUGGGCAUUUUGUUACACAUCAGAGGGACAUUGCCUUACCUCAGAGGCUCCUCAGGGACGUGCAUUUAUAAAACAGUCCCUGGCGUGACUCGCACCUGCAGCACUCUGUUGACUGACAGCAGCAAGGAGGGGCUUGUCCUCUACUCCAAGUCCACCGACGUAUAUGAGAAUCUUUCCCUGGAGGAUUGGAUCGAGGCCAACGUGGACCUGCAGCAUCGCAACAUCUUGUUGCUUUGGCGCAACAAGCCAGCCGUGGUCAUCGGGCGACACCAGAAUCCAUGGAAGGAGUGCAACCUCUCGCUCAUGAGGCGUACCGGAAUAUGUCUCGCCCGCAGGCGAAGUGGUGGAGGCACGGUCUUCCACGACCUCGGGAACCUGAACUUGACCUUCUUUGCUUCUAAGAAGGGGUAUGACCGCCAGAGGAACCUGAAAGUCAUCACCGAAGCCCUUAGACAUCUGCGGCCCGGACUGGAGGUUGAAGCCACCAAGAGGUUCGACAUUUUACUCAAGGGGCACUACAAAAUCACAGGAAGUGCCUCAAGAAUCAGCCGGAAGUCGUCCUACCAUCAUUGCACUCUGCUGCACUCGGCCGACCACGCCGCUCUCUCCCCCGUCUUGCACUCCUCCUGCCAGGGUGUCCACAGCAACGCCACGCCCAGUGUGCCUUCGCCUGUGGCCAACCUGGUCGACUAUGAGCCCACAUUGACGUGGGAGCUGCUACUUGAGGCGUUGGCAGAGAAGUACAGUGCAGAGUUUGGCGGCAGCGCCGCAAUGAAUUUGGUGGAUCCCGCUGACGACUCUGCAUUUCCCGGUCUCCGCAGCAUGUUGGCAGAGCUGCAAGGAUGGGAAUGGGUCUUUGGAAGGACACCAAAGUUCAGCAUCCAAACACUUUUGAAAAUGACCGACGAUCUCUCAUCAGCCGGACGCGCAGUCCAGCUUUGUUUAGAAAUCAAGCACGGAGUGAUUGAGAGCUGUCGCUUAGACGUUCCCCCAGACUGGCUUCCGCAGCGUUUGAGCGGCGAGCUGAGCGACGUGCUGGAGGGAGAGCGAUUUUGUCCACAACGCACCGCCGCGGCUUUUGCGAUGCUGUUGCGUUGCGAGCGUGGCGAGAAGCAGAAGAAACUGCACAGACUUUGUGAUGCCAUAUUGGCAGUCAUGGGCUAAAAGAAAC